AUGGCACAAGCAACACGCGAAGAAAAGGUGCAUGAGAAUCAAGAAAAAGAUGUUCAAGAAACAAGCAAUUCCAGCUUCAAAUUCAACGUUCAAGCGCCUGAAUUCGUGCCGAGAUCGCAUUCGCAAAUGCCGAUUUCCGGUUAUUACUAUCCUUGCUUUCAGAUUAUCGGUGGUUCUGGUGAACCUGAUUGGUUUUACGUUGGUGAUCAAGAUCCUUCGUGUUUGAUCCCUAGUGCAACUCUCCCUCCGCCUAGUUCUCCUAAGAAUGUACUCAAUCCUGAUCUUCAGCAAAAGAUUGUUAAACAGGUGGAGUAUCAGUUCAGUGACAUGAGCUUACUAGCAAAUGAAUCUUUCCAGAAACAGAUGAAUAAGGAUCCUGAAGGCUAUGUUCCAAUUACUGUGAUUGCUUCCACCAAAAAGAUCAAGUCACUUGUUAGCAACAUUCAUCUUCUUACACAGGCUAUACGUCAAUCUUCAAAACUUGUUUUGAGUGCUGAUGGCAAGAAGGUUAAACGCAAACACCAUUUCACUGAAAAGGAGAAAGAGGAAUUACAGUCUCGUAUUGUUGUGGCAGAGAAUUUACCUGAUGACCAUUCCCAUCAAAAUCUUCAGAAAAUAUUUUCCGUAGUUGGAAGUGUGAAAACGAUCAGAAUAUGCCAUCCCCAAGAACCGAAUUCUUCUCGCCCGAAAGGUGAUUUCCUCAUCAGUAACAAGCUACAUGCACUUGUGGAGUAUGAGACAUCAGAUUUAGCUGACAAAGCUGCUGAAAAGUUAAAUGAUGAAAGGAAUUGGAGGAAAGGGAUGCGAGUAAGGUUGCUUCUUAGAUGCUCGCCAAAGUCUGUUUUGAAGAACAGAAAGUCAGAAUUUGAUGGCUAUCUAGAUGAGGAUGAGAAUCAAAAUUCUGAAACUGCUGAAGAUUCUUCUCAUCCAAGCAACACUGAAGUAUGCACUGAGAAUAAUGGUGAUGAAACAUCAGUAGGAUCAAAGAAAGGAUGGGCUAGAGGGCGUGGAAAGGGAAGAGGACGCAUUCAAAACCAUACCGGACGUGGCCUACUUGCCCCACCAUCUCCAUCAAGCAGCCUUGUCCCGAGUGAAAUAUCGACUAAACCAAACGCCAAGGGCCCUAGAAUGCCAGAUGGUACAAGAGGUUUUGCUGUCGGACGAGGCAAGCCAAUUAGUUCUCCCACUUCACCUCAGGAGUAA